GAAGAAGCAGAAAAAGAUCAAGAAAUAAGAAGAUAUUGUCAUCAGCUACAAGAGAAGGAUAGGGAGCAUCAGGUGGUACUGCAAGAGAAUCAGGAGGUGCUACGACAAAAGGAUAUCGUGAUACUUGAGAAGAAUAGGGAACUACAGGAGAAGGAUAGGGAGCUACGUGAGUCUCAAGAGGCAGUUCGUAGGUACCAGCAACAAGCAGAGCUUACUGAUGAUCACUGGGUUAUUAAUAAAGAUGAGGUGACUUUGACAAAGGAGGAGUUAGGAAGAGGAUCUUAUGCUGUCGUUACAGUUGGUAUCUUUAGAGGUUUAAGAGUAGCUGUCAAGUCACUUCAUAAUAUCAUCAUCUCAGAUUAUAAUCUAGGUAUCUUCUCCAGGGAAAUGAGUAUAGCAUCACGAGUACGCCAUCCUAACCUGGUCCAGUUUAUUGGUGCAACUAAAGUGGAUAAUCCUCUCAUCUUGACCGAGCUGAUGAGCACUAGUCUUAAUCAUGAGAUUCGCAGAAAUCGAUUAAGCUAUCAACAGAUUCUGAGUAUUGCUCAAGAUGUAGCUUUAGGCCUCAACUACCUUCACCUGUUUAAGCCUCAGCCUAUUAUUCACAGAGAUGUGAGCAGUCCUAACGUAUUAUUAAAGCCUUGCACUGGAGCUGCUUGUUAUGAAGCUAAACUAGCAGAUUAUGGUACAGCUAAAGUAGUGCAAGCUGAAAGUUCAGGUACUGUUAUGCCAGGCAAUCCAGCAUAUGCUGCUCGAGAAGCUCGUGAUCCUGAACAACACAGUCCAGCAAUGGAUGUCUACAGUUACUCUGUUCUCCUUAUGGAAAUGAAUUUACGUUCUAAACCAGAAAUGACAAUAUCAGAGAGAGCACAACAAUCUGGUAGAGUCUCCUGGUCUGAUAUGAAGUCUCUCAUACAAAGAGGACUUAAAGUUGAUCCUAGAGCUCGUCCUACUAUGGUUCAAGUAGUAGAGUCAUUGAAAAGGAUGAAGAUUUGACUAUAUUUUGAUAUUUUUAAAAGGGUCAUUAAAGGGUUAAGGUUGCUGCCUUUAAUUAGUUAGUUUUAUUCUAUUAUGUCUAGUUUUUGCUACUAUGGAUCUACCAGUAAUAAUAAUUAUUCUAUUUCUGUAUCUUCUUUUCUUAUUUUUGUGUGUAGAUACAAUUUAUAACUAGUAA